GACUAUAUCAUAGGUAGUCCUUUUUUUUCAUAUGUUUUAUUUUUUUCUUUACACUUUCAUUUUUGCCUUGGCAAUAUUUGGUUUGACAUUCAUUUUGGCGUUUAGAGGCAUAUGUUUUAGAUGCUUCAUUAUUCAAAAUUCUGGUAUUCUAUACUGGAGCAUAGUUGGAUAUUCUUGUAAAAUCUUGUAUUAUGUAUAAAUUUUUACUAGGUGCUCCAACUAACGGUAAAACAGCAUUAGCUGCAACACUAGCCAUGAAAUCAGAAUUCCCGUUUGUGAAGAUCUGCUCACCAGAAGACAUGGUUGGCUUCUCUGAAAGUGCCAAGUGCCACACAAUCAAAAAGGUCUUUGAAGAUGCUUACAAAUCACAACUCAGCUGUGUUGUUAUAGAUGAUAUUGAAAGAUUACUUGACUAUGUACCAAUUGGACCAAGAUUUUCAAACAUUGUUCUACAAUCAUUGCUGGUAUUACUAAAGAAACAGCCACCAAAGGGACGUAAAUUGCUGAUCAUUGGUACCACAAGUAGGAAAGAUGUCCUCAAUGACAUGGAAAUGCUGCCAGCUUUUACCAAGCAUGUCCAUGUCUCUAAUAUAUCUACUGGUAAAGAUGUCAUUAAAGUAUUGGAGCAUCUAACUGGAUGUUUCAAAGAGGAGGAAAUUGCACAGAUUGCAGCCAAAAUACAGAAUAAAAAGGUUUGGGUGGGUAUCAAGCGCCUUGUAGCAUUAGUUGAAAUGGCACGGCAAACAAGUUUUCCAAAUCGAGUUGCUAAGUUUUUAGUGCUCAUGGAGGAAGAAGGAGGGCUUCAACCAUAAGUUCAGUGUUGCCGCUGCCAGAAUGACUUCAUGAAUUCAACUAGAUAUUAUUAUAAAUUAUCACUGCUGAAUAUAUAUGAAACAUGAAGAGUGGUACAGAUUGUGUUCUGAAAGUCUACUUGUUAUUCAGUUUCCUGUUUAUUUUUAACUAUAUAUUUGUAACAUUCGUUGAGAACUACAGUAUGCUACACGAUGUACCAUAAUAAUAAUAAUAAUAACUUUAUUUAUCCACGGAUACUCAUUUCAAUCUUUUUACAACUGAUAUUAUAAAAGAAAGGGAAAACAAACAUGGAAAAAAUAAAAACCUACCUACCAUCAUGUCCUUUAUUCGAA